UGUUCUGAUGGGUCGUUUUGUCGCAUUUUGAGCUCCUCGCAGUGAUGUGGGAGUUUCCUGGAGUAGACGAGGGUGCGGAGAAGUCAUAUCAGAUAGGGAAAAGAAGAAAUUGAGCGAGCGACGGGAGCGCGCUUAACGGCUGGAGCUUGAGGAGAGCGAGUGGUUUGGCACGAGAGCAGGAACCCUGUUAAUUUGUCCUGCGCGCUACUCUUGUCAAAACAUCAACGAGAAAUCCGUUGUCAUCUGUCCAGCUCCGUUCUGCAAACUGGACACCCUGGGAAAACGGAUUCCCUUCAAAUCAUAACCAACUUGCGCACCACCCGCAAGCACGCGUUUCAAGCAACAUUUUAACAACAACUCUCCGAACCUUCCCGCGAACGCGCAGCCCUCAUAAGGAAUAUACGUGCUUUUAGGUCACUUCUAAUAUUAAUCUUCAAGACCGCACGUCUUUUGCUUCAAUAUCCACUUUCUGACAGAAGCAUCAAGAGUUUCCGUCUUUGGAGUGGCGUAUGGAUUAUACAGGCGCUCGACGAGUUCAUUUCGCGCGUUUUUUCUAAUUGCCGCUGUUUGGUGUGGAAUAUCAACGGACUUUCUCGUUUUGGAGGUUAAAAAGGAAGUUUUAAAGGAAAUGUGUUAAGUUUUUAUUAUUGUUCCUAACCGAGUGCGUAUGAUAUUACGAUGUGUGCGGUGCUAGAUUCUUCGCCGCCCCUUUUCGACCAGAAUUAGUCCGUGUGGUCCCGGAGUAGAGGCUAGAUCCGUGUCUUCUCGUUCUCUCCUCGCUAUCCUUUCCCACAAAUGUUUUUUGUCUGUUUCUAUGGAAUAACUGGCAAGAAAAGCGACUGAAGGACCCAGUGUCUUGUGUUUUCACCCCGCCUGUAACUGACAGGCGCCUGAGGAUUGACUCUUCUCCGGAGAAUGGUCAAUGAUCGAUGGGGAACCAUGAACAGCUCAUCGGAACUCGAAGAAGGACAGCGGGGCAAAAACCAGACAUUCUGUGAGUGUGUGCCCAACUCUUCUCAACUCAAACACCGAUGGUCAGACUCAGAUACAGUCAGACAAACAACGCCCAAGAGGAUGAGUUGUAGCUAUCUGCUAUGUACCAUCCUGCUCUUCGUCGCCGUUCUCCUCGCGGUCACAGUCACGGGAACCAUUCUUCUUAUGAACCACUACCAGGCCCCGCCCAUGUCAGAUGGACCGCCCCAUAUAAGCACCAAUCAGGAUGAAGCCAAUGCACUGGUGACAGUUGAGAGGGGCGAUGGAUCGCGCAUUAAUAUCUUCAUCGAUCCCAACUGCCCUGAUUAUAACAGUAACUUUCUUCGACUGGAAGGUGUGCAGACAUCUUUGCUGCACUCGCUUACAGACCAUGAUACAGAUCUGAAAUCCGUCAAAGGUCAGGACCGCGCGCUAUUGGUCAACUUGGCAGAAGAAGUUGCGAAGCUGUCUGCCCAUGCAGGACAGCUGAAGAUGGACUAUGAGUCAUUGAGAAGAGGACAAAGCAACCUGGGACAGGACUUGAACACAUUACAGACUGAACAGAGCAGACUUAUACAGCUGCUCUCCGAGAGCCAGAUUAACAUGGUGAAGGUCGUAAACUCUGUGAGCGAUGCCCUGAAUGCUAUGCAGAAGGAAACGGGUGGUCUGAAGGCCAGGGUGAAGGCUGACCUGCAGAGGGCGCCGGUCAGAGGUGUUCGUCUUAAAGGCUGUGCUAAUGGCUCUCGUCCACGUGACUGUAGUGAUAUAUAUGCCAGUGGUCAGAGGGAAGAUGGCAUCUACUCUAUUUUUCCCACACAUUACCCUGCCGGCUUUCAGGUUUAUUGUGAUAUGAGCACGGACGGAGGUGGCUGGACGGUGAUCCAGCGUAGAGAAGAUGGAUCUGUAAACUUCUUCAGGGAGUGGGACUCAUACAGGGAAGGAUUUGGAAAAAUCACUGGAGAGCACUGGCUUGGUUUGAAACAGAUUCACGCUCUCUCCAUUCAAGGCAACUACGAACUGCGCAUAGAUCUCGAGGACUUUGAAAACAGCACGGCAUUCGCACAGUACGGCGUCUUUGGCGUUGGAUUGUUCUCAGUUGAUCCAGAAGAUGACGGUUACGCCUUAACCAUCGCUGAUUACACUGGCACCGCAGGCGAUUCCUUACUAAAGCACAACGGAAUGAAGUUCACGACAAAGGACAGAGACAACGAUCAUUCCGAAAACAACUGCGCCUCGUUCUAUCACGGCGCCUGGUGGUACCGCAACUGCCACACGUCCAACCUGAACGGCCAAUACCUGCGCGGACAGCACACCUCCUACGCCGACGGGAUCGAGUGGUCGUCCUGGACUGGAUGGCAGUACUCGCUAAAAUUCACGGAAAUGAAGAUCCGGCCAACGCGCGAAGAGAGAGAGAGCAAGUAAACAAACGAAUAAAAAAAUCAAUACUCGUAUGUGUUAAAAAGACUUAAAUCUGGAAGUUAUAAUGUGGAAAACAACAGUUGGACAGUUGUUGUCGCUCACCUGAAAGAAAGCUUGUGUUGAUAGCUUAGCAAUUUUCUGUUAUCCGUUUAGUUUGUUCAUUUGGCGGAAAAGUCACUCGUGUGUCGUGUGGCUGCUGUAAGUCCUGCCCUCCAUGUGACAAUCUUUAAUGAUCAGGCCCUCGUUUUUUGUACUCCCCAGCUAUUUUAAGUCACACUUUACAUUUUUUCAAUGAUAGUAAAUGAACCAUACCAUUAUAUUGCCCCGAGUAUUCAUGAGCAGAGGAGAAAGUACAACAAAGACGCAGUGGAACGGUUCCAAAUGCCAUUCCUGUUGCCAUAUACAUUCAUGCAUUUGGUAGACGCUUUUAUCCAAAAGUGUCUUAUGGUGCAUUCAAGCUAUACCGGUGCUCAAACCUAUGACCUUCGCGUUGCUAACCUAAUGCUCUACCAAUUCACUCAUACAGUUGCUCCACUACACUUUAUUUUUUACCAUAUCAAUAUGCUAAAACCAGCCAAAAUUUUUGUGUUUAAAGUAAGAGGGCUACAGUAGUUUAAAUACGACGGGUUUGAAAUAAGAGAGGGCGAGCUGGAAGUAAAAGAGUGAAGAGGUUUCUAUGGGAGUUUGUUUCUCAUCUGUCUGACGGGCCAUUAACAAGCAUAUUGGCCACUUUGUCUGAUCGCCAUUGCCAACAAGUGAUCAUCAGCCAAGCUCUUCAUGUCACGCAUACACAGAUGGAGGCCGGCCGCACGCGCUUAUGCGACACAGACGGAAAUAAAAUGGAAAUGUGAUAUCGUCGUCAUCGCAAGUGUGCAAUUCCGAGUCAGGAUGACAGUUUAGUGGAGCUGGAGUGUUCUUGAGGGAUCUCUUUAUCGGCUCGACGUACUCGCUGAUCGAGUGUGUUUACUUACCAAAUGCUCCCUC